AUGGCUGCUUGGCCGCGGGACCUGUGGAACAAUUGGUCCAUCCAAAUCCUGGUGCUCCUCAGCCUCGUGCUCCAAGUGGCCCUCUUUCUCUUCGCCGGGAUCCGCCGGCGUGGAGCGCACCCCGUGCUCCGCUUCCUGCUCUGGCUGGCGUACCAGCUGUCCGACUACACGGCGACCUACGCACUCGGCCACCUCUCCUUCAAGGGCGCGCCGCGUGAUCACCCGAUCGUGGCCUUCUGGGCGCCGUUCUUGCUGCUGCACCUGGGAGGCCCCGACAACAUCACCGCCUACUCCCUGGAGGACAACAAGCUCUGGAAGCGCCACCUGCUGCACGCCACCCUUCAGGUCUUGGGAGCCGUGUACGUGCUCUACGAGCACGUCGCGGACAAGGGGGCUUUGCUCCGGCUUGCCUCCGCCUUGAUGUUCACCGUCGGCGCCGUCAAGUACGGGGAGAAGACAUGGGCGCUCAUGCGCGGCAAUCUCGACACCAUCCGAGGCUCCGUCAAGAAGCAGCCACCCGCCAUGCACCGGCAUUUCCACCCUCGCGACACAGUGUUCAACAAGGAAGAGCUGGACGAGGAAUCCCUGGUGCGACGAGCUCACUCGCUGUUCCACAUCUGCAAGCGCGCCAUAGUCGAUUAUCCAGUGAUCGAAGAUGACGCGGCGGAUGGAGAAGAACGCACCACCAAAAUGCUGUUCCGGGUGAAGCUAUGGCGGCUGAUGGAAACCGAGCUGUCUCUCAUGUAUGACAUGUUGUACACCAAGGCGCCGGUUAUCCACACCUGGUUCGGCUACUCGGUACGUAUUUUCUCGCCGUUCGCCAUUGGCGCCUCGCUCCUCUUGUUUAACCUCGUCGGCAAGCACGCACACCGCGGAGCUGACGUGAAUAUCACCUACGUCCUGUAUGGUGGCGCCUUGCUCAUGGAGACCAUGUCGCUGCUGAACGCGCUAGGCUCCUCCUGGACGUUCGCCUUCCUGAGCACCACUAAAUGGCGAUGGCUUCGGUACACGGCUCUGUGCAACGAGAGGUGGGACCAAUUUAGGCGUCUAGUCGCAUAUCUUCACCAUGUCGUGAGUGUUGGAGGAGGAAGCCGGUACAGAUCAAGAAGGUGGUCACGUACCAUGGGGCAGUACAACAUGCUGCACUUCUGCACACGCUCUGGUAGUGCAUUCACCAGGCCUCUGCUGGGCAGAUUGUCCAAAAUAGUGGGGCUGGGACUCAACGAGUGGGAGCAUUACUCAUGGGACAUCGAGAUGCCCAGCCAUGUCAAGGAUCGAAUCACCCAACAUAUGCGCAACAUGUACAUGGAAGGGGAAGGGAUUAACUCGCUGGGAAUCCUCAGGACAAGGUGGGGCGAGGAACCACUGCUUCGCCAGGGCUUACUCCAAGGCAUACUCAAGGACUCUCUUGGUGUCGAAUUCCAGGAGUGCAUCAUCAUCUGGCACCUCGGUACCGACGUCUUCCUCGUCAAGAGCAAGCGGGCGGCCGAGGAGGAGGCGUCACUCGACGUCGAGGCGAUCAAGGUGAUCUCCAACUACAUGAUGUUCCUCCUCGUGCAACAGCCUGACAUGCUACCAGGGCUCUCGCAGAAUAGGCUGUAUCAACGGACCUGCGAAAACCUAGUCAACAUUCCUAGCCAUAGGCGCCAAAGCACGGGCAUCUGUGCUAAGCUCAAGAAUCUACUCCGCCUGCACGAUGAUCCUGGUUCUAGUGCCAGGGUCGCCGACAGAGAGGAGCUUGCAAAGAUCCUGUAUGAUGAGUAUAAGAGCAAAGGUUUCAGCCAUGAUGCUCCUCGUCUCCCCUAUGUAGCUAAGCUUGCAAAGCAGCUGCUGACGAUGGAGGUAGAUGGCACGGCUGACUCGGUGAAACUUGUCCUUGAUGUGUGGACGGACAUUCUUUUCUACGCCAGCAACAAAUGCAGCAGGAAGGCCCAUGCCGAGAAGCUCAGCAGUGGCGGUGAGUUGACGACCAUCCUCUGGCUUAUGGCAGAACAUUUCUACCAAUUGUAUUGUGAGAAAAAUAUGAAAGAAGAGAAGGAUCAGUUAGCUUUACAAGGACAGGCAUUAGCUAAUAUUCAGGCAGGGAGAUGAUGAUGAUGUAUAGUUCUCACGCG